AAAAUGCCGGAACUUUUUCGUGCUGUGAGAUCCUGGAGGCGGCGGUUCCUGCCUUCCUCUGGGCCGCUGAAACGCCCACCCCGCGGGGCCUCUUGGAAGGCCGCUGCGCGAACUUCUCGGCGCCCUCCGACACAAAAGCCUCCUUUAGCCAGCCGGAGAAGGCGCCUGUUGUGCGUGUCCUCCUCGGCAAAGCAGCGGGAGGGGAAAAGGCCCCUGAGAAACCCUGCGGCCAAGGAGCCGGAAGGAGCCGGCGCUGCCUGCUUUUAAAGAAAACCUGGAAGGGGAAGAGGGAGGGAUUUCCCCCCCUCCCCCCUUUUUUUUUCGUUGCCGUGGCUCAGCCUCUCCUUUCCUCGGCGCCUUGGGACCUUCACGUUGACUGUUUGCAGUUCCUUUCCUCGUAUAAAACCCCUCUGGCUCCAACGGGACCGCUUCCAAGAAUACCGGGCGCAAAACUGCGCUCAAAGGAGAAGUUUUCUGAAAGGUGGCCACGAUCCCCAGUGGAAAGGCAUUUAUUCCCGUUGUGAGGGCGAUGCCGUUGGCGACUUUCCCCUAAAUGUUGGAGAAAACUUUUCGCUGCUGUCCUCCUCGGCUCCUUUGGGAAGGACGAUUGUCCAGGUCGAGAUUCCCCUCCCCCCCUUUUUUAUAACCCCUUUUCCUGCUGGGAAGAGCCCCCCCCUUUUUUUUCCCAUCCGAAACGGAAGCUCGUAUCACCUUCUGGAGAAAGUGGAAAAUGCCCUCAAUGACUUCCUCGGUUUCUCUUCGGGUUCUGCUCUCCGGCAUUUCCCUUGGGGGAAACUGCCGCGGUUUGUUUCCGUGAAUAUAUUAACAGGCGCGCGCAAAGCAACUAAGCCAACAGCCAUGAAAGCGCGAAUAAAUACUUUAUGCUUGGAGGGAGCUGUAGUACGUAGUCCAGCCAAGCGAGUCUAAUUUCCUGGGGUCGCUUGCUCGCUGUUCUCCCCUUUGGCUGCUUUGGGCUUCUCUUUCAAAGAAAGAAAGAAAAAGAAAAAGCCUGAACUCUGGAAGAGGAGGAGGAGGAGGAGCCAGGGUGUGGAAGGGCUUUACAAUCCCCCUCCCUUCCCAUCUGGGAGCAGCCUGAAAAACUGCUGGGAGGUAUGUGGUUCCUAGGUCAGCGGCGCGUGGGAUCAAACUAGGAAGAAACUGGAGGUGGGGGUGUGUGGGGGGGGCGGCAGUUUCGAGAGACUAUGGAGAAUAUGGACUUCAGAGGCGGACAGGAAAGAAAUCCUGACAAAGAUCCGAGGCUGAAUCCGGCAGUAUUUAUGGAUCAAGGACACCCCCACCAGCUGGCGACAGGAGAGCAGAGAGGAGUUGAUCCGUACAAGCUGGUGGAAGUACAAUUAAGUGGCGGAGCUCCUUGGGGAUUUACGUUAAAAGGAGGCAGAGAACAUGGAGAACCUCUGAUCAUCACUAAGGUUGUUUUGCAACUACAAAUCUGUCCUCAAUUCUUACUGGAAGAGUGGGGCCAAUUUACGAUUGAAGAAGGUAGCAAAGCUGCAGCUGUGGAUAAAUUGCUGGCUGGAGAUGAGAUUGUCAGCAUCAAUGACAUUAACCUCUCUGGCUUCAGGCAAGAGGCAAUCUGCUUGGUGAAAGGCUCACACAAGUUCCUAAAGCUUGUGGUAAAAAGAAAAAAUGAUCUAGCCUGCAGGCCUCAUUCCUGGCAUGCUACCAAAUUCACUGAGAAUCGGCUUGAAACAGCUGCGUCAAGAUUCUCCUCCACCAAUGUCUGUGCUUCAUGGCCCUCUCAGUAUCAUUCAAGUUCCUUUGAGCUUUCAAAUUCAUGGAAUCAAUCAAAUCUACAUCGUACCUUAGGCCAGUUCAGCUCUGUGGGAAGCAUGGAUAUCUGGGAUCACACACCCCAAACAUAUCAGUAUGGACAGAUUUCCUCUGCAAAGUCCAAUAGCAGCAUUGAUCAUCUGGGGAAUCCCAGCAAAAGAGAUUCUGCGUAUGGUUCUUUUUCUACUAGCUCCAGUACACCUGAUCACACACUGUCCAGUGUAGAUGGUCUGUCAACAGAGAAUGUGAUGUAUAAAGUGGGUCACUGGGAAACUCCAAAACAAGGGAAUAGCAAGACUGUUUCAUUUCUGAGUGAUAAUGGAAGAUUUGAAGAAAAAGUUAACUCCUUUGCACCUCCACCACAACACGAAAACAGCCUAAAUUCACGACUAGAAGACCAUACUAAUUCAGUCUAUUCUGGGGCUGGAAGAUCUAAUUUUGUACCUGUAUGGUAUGUCCCUGAAGGAAAAAAGUCUCCUUCCCCUCCACCUCCACCACCCCCUCUCCGAAGUGAUAGUUAUGCUGCUACCAAAAGUCAUGAUAGAGAUCAUGCACCUCCUCUAUAUUCAGAGGGCAUUCAGAACCCCCAGCAUUUUGAAGUCCUACAUAGAACACCAAUCAGAAAUGACUGGAGUGCUGACACUGCUAAAGAACAAAAGCAAAUGAUCAGAUCAGUUGAGAAGACCUCACACAGAAGACAAGGAAGCAGCCCAAUACAAAGACCUGAUUUUAUUCCAGAUUAUGAUAUCUCUUCCCCAGGUGACAGGAUAAACAAUAAUAUGGGACAUGCUAAGAGGCUGCAUUCUUCUCUGUCUAGUUCUGAUGUUCGAUUUGCCCAGUCUGUUUAUGAGUCUCGGCAUCAUCAACAUCAGCGUCAAUAUAGUGAUGAAUAUAGUUUCUUUCACAAUGCAAAAGCCUCUGCAUCAUCUAAAGAGCCAAAAUGGCUCUCUUCUUAUAGUGAUAUUAAGGAAAGGCCUUCUGAUAAACAUAACUGUCAUCUAAACCAAACCAAGAUUCCUAGUAAUACUACCACUGCCGUUUCUGACAUGACUUCUGAGGAAAACCCUGGACUAAAUCAUUAUUAUUGUGUAAAAGCAAGGCAGCAGCCUGUUCAGUCUGCUCAGGGAACCUCAAAAUCAUUACAGUUUAAAAAUGAACGUAGGAAUUCUGGAACAGGAAAUCUUGCUGCUUCUGUGUCAAGUGAGAAUCCUGCCAUAACCAUGAGCCAAAAUCCUAAAUAUUCUCUACCUCAGCAUCUUAAUGAGUGUUCUCUGGAUAUAUGUGAAAAGAGAGCUCAUUGUGUAGUUAAUAAAGGAGAGGAUAUUAAGGCUGUUGUACUGGAAGGUUCUAGGAAGAUAAAUUAUUCUGAGAAAUCAGGUCAGAACAAGACAUUUGAAGAAAAUCUCAGUAGUCAUGAAUAUGAGGAUGGGCAGGAGUAUUUUCAGGUGUCUGACACCAAAAUAGCCCAAAAAGAUUUCAAAUGGAACCAGGAGAAGAACUACCGUAUUUCUCCCCAAAAGACCCCGAUGUUGCAUUCUUUAGCUCAGGAAGAGAAAAAGCAGAUUAAUGUUGCUGCCGAAAUUGGGAUUAAUAAACAGACAGGAUUUGAUGUUCACCUAAGCAAAAAUGCACGAAGGAGUGAUCGUUUUGCUACCACACUGAGAAAUGAAAUUCAAAUGAAGAGAGCAAAACUCCAAAAAAGCAAAAGCACAGCAGCCUUAAUAGAGCCAACUGAGGAAGAGGACUAUACUGAGAACUGGAAGCAUGAUUCUCAAGAAAAGACGGCUUCUUCAUCAGAAAGUUGUUAUUCUCACAUGUACAAAGAUAAUCUGAAAGAGGCCCAAGCCAGAGUUUUGAAGGCCACUUCUUUUCAGCGUCGAGACUUGGAACCCAAUUCUGCAGAUUAUCUUCCAGAUCGAAAGACAAAUAUAUAUAAUACUUCUCCAUUGACUUUUGUUUCUGAAGAUGAAUUAGGUUUCCCUGAAUUUAGGCAGUCUUCUAAAGAGAUAUCACUGAGUAAUGGUGCUCAUCAUUUUUCACGUAUUGGUGCUAGGAAGAGAUUUACUGCAGAACAAAAGUUAAAAUCUUAUUCUGAACCUGAGAAAAUAAAUGAAGUGGGUAUGUUGGAUGAUAACUGCCAAACACACCAUCGUCCAACUACAUCAGAGGAAGCUUUGGAAACUUUUGCAGAUAAAUGGAAGUUUUUUGAAGAGACUAGUAAACCAGUCUGUCAAAAAUCUUCACAGACUGCUACUGCUCGUAGAAAUUCUCAUGAAAUUGAAUCUGGAGGAUCAUGGUACGAAAAAAGAAUGCGGUCAGCUUCUUUCGGAGUUGAGAAUGUGCUUUGUGCUUCUGAUAGACCUAGUGAAACUGUACAUUACAGUGGCCAUAUCACUAAAUCAAGACAACCUCAGAGGUUAGAAACAUUUGCAGAAUACCAGGCUUCUUGGAAAGAGCAGAGAAAACCUAUAGAAAAUUGUAGUUCUGGAAAGUACCAUUCAGCUGAUAAUAUCCUUGAUGCUGGCCUUGAACAACUUGAGAAAUCUCAGUAUAAACAUGAAAGAUCCAGGUCAUCUCCUUCUACUGAUUUUUACAAGCAGGGAACAUCAACAGAAGCAAAAAGGCAAACUGAAAAAUCCAGGAAAAAUGAAGAGCUUAUUUCCUCUGUUGCAAAAUCAGAUGAAAGCAGCUGCAACUUAAGAUCAUCUGAUAAAGAGUAUUCAGAAGACUGUCUGAGAGAACUCACAGCUCAGGAGGACUACAGUUCAGGAAACAAGUGCAAAGUAUCUGCAAGGUCCUUUCAUGCAGGACCUGCCACAGUUGCAUCACAGCGGAGCCGAGGUAGAUCUGAGACAUUGCCCAGUGAUUACAGAUAUUCACAGGAAAAUGUAAAUGAGAAAAGCAAAGAUUAUGGUUCUUUGCCUCUUGUGAUUUCUGGACUACAAAUAUCAGAUAAGACUCAGCACUGUUUAACACAUAUCAAAGCAGAAGAAAAUCUACAGGGAAAUUCUGUACUCCUGAAUAAGAAACAUGGCUCUUUUCCUCAGAGGCCACCCGCACCCAAACGAGAUAAGAAACACAGAAGAGAAGAUAGUUUUUCAGCUUCACUUGUUUCAGAAUCUUUACUGACAGUGCCCAACAGAUUAGAUCAGUCUUCCCCUGCUUCUAACAAUAUAGCUGUAGGCAGCUCAUCACCUUCUCAGGUUCCCACAAAAAUUUCUAGAAAAUUUGUAAGUGCAGAGCUGCCAGAGACUGGGCAGUUAGCAUCCACAGAAAAUGUUUUUCAGCAUUUAGAAGAAAAAAGACAUCUCAAAUCUGAACCCCCCCUUCCUUCAACUUAUCGUUACCAUCUAAAAUCUAGAAUGGAAGCAUCAAGAUCCCCUUCACCACAGUUUGCUCCACCAAAGCUGACUGAUAAGCCACCUGUGGCUGCUCAGGAUGAAAAUUCCACACGAAUUGAAAGAGUGAUGGAUAACAAUACAACCGUAAAAAUGGUUCCAAUCAAGAUUGUACAUUCUGAGAGCCAUACAGAGAAGGCAAGCAGGCAGAAUCUUGGGACCACAAUAGAGCCUCCUACUUUACCAAGCGGCUUAGAAAAAGACCAAAUCAAGACACUUAGCACUUCUGAACAGUCCUAUUCACGUUUUUAUGCUUAUACGAGACAAGGUGUGGAAACUGAGCUUGAGAACAAAUCAAACCUUUCUUCUUUGCAACCUACUGAAAGCUUUGGGAGGAACAUAAAGGAGAAUGACAUAUCCACCCAUGCAGUUAACUACGUGAGAGCCAAAGAAAAGACAAUUGAGGACUGGAAAUCAGAAGAAUUAGCUAGAGAAAUAGUGGAUAAGGAUAAAUCAUUAGCAGAAAUUUUAGACCCAAAUGUGAAAAUAAAAACCACAAUGGAUUUAAUGGAGGGAAUCUUUCCCAAAGAUGAACAUCUCUUAGAAGAAGCACAACAUCGCAGAAAAUUUCUUUUAAAGGUUUCAGCACCCAAAACUGAAGAGGAAAAGAAAGAGGAGCUGACUCUGUCUUUGGCCAUUCCCUUAACAACUAAUUCCACUUACUAUAGCACCUCUGCACCCAAGGCAGAACUUCUGAUCAAGAUGAAGGAUAUGCAGCAGCAGCAGCAGCAGCAGCAGCAACAGCAAAGUGAGGAGGAUUCUGAAAAUGAGUUAGACCACAAUUUGUCUGAGAAGAAGCAAGAGCUUAUAGAUAGCAUUAGUCGAAAACUAAAAGUGCUAAAAGACGCUCGAGAGACACUCUUGGAAGACAUUCAAGCCAAUAAUCUUCUUGGAGAUGAAGUGGAGGUAGUGGUAAAGGAGGUCUGCAAACCCAAUGAAUUUGACAAGUUUCGGAUGUUUAUUGGAGAUCUAGACAAAGUGGUUAACCUCCUGCUAUCACUCUCUGGUCGACUUGCCAGAGUAGAAAAUGCAUUAAACAACUUGGAUGAAAAUGCUUCUCCUGAAGAAAGGCGGAUUCUAGUAGAAAAACAGAAAUUACUCAUACAACAGCAUGAAGAUGCAAAGGAGCUGAAGGAAAACUUGGAUCGAAGAGAACGCAUUGUCUUUGAUAUUCUGGCCAGCUAUCUGAGUGAUGAAAGCCUUGCCGAUUAUGAGCACUUUGUCAAAAUGAAAUCAGCCCUCAUAAUAGAACAGCGAGAGCUGGAGGACAAAAUCAAACUUGGGGAAGAGCAACUCAAGUGCCUGACUGAAAGUCUCCAGCCUGAAAGACCCAAAUAAUGAUUCAGUAAUGGCAAUAAUCCUGGGACUUUGUUUUACAUAGUUUUAUUUGAAAACCUUGAAAUCUUUUACAGCUUUUUAAGACAGAAAAGAGACCAAUAUACACAUGAGCACUGUUCCGAUUUCCCAAAAGGGAAGAAAAUGGUUAAUUUUAGAGACUUGGAGAAGUAGUUAUAUUAAGCAGACAAAAUAACUUUUCCAGCACUAUGAUUAGGCUGGUGAAAUACUUUGGCAACAUUAUACAUUUAGAUACUUUUUAAAAAAAGAAAUUUUGCAUGAUAUGAAUCCUUUCAAAAUUAUUUCAAAACCAUUUGCUCAAGUAAGAUUUUAAUUAUAUCCAGUUAAACUAAUUCCGAAUGUACCAGUAAAUUGCAUAUUUCUGUGGCUUUGUGAAUUUUAAUGUUGUAAUGAAAUAUAACUAUAGUUCAUUAAUUUAUCACUUCAGUAUUGCGGCAGGGAUAAGAAAGAAAAGUUUCAUUCAAAACAAUUUUCUUACGUGAAUGAAAAACUGAAGGAUUGAUUCUUAUAAGUCUUAAGUUUGUAAUGCAGUGCAAAAUUAAUACAACAUUUCAUUAGGUACUAUUUGCCAGGAGUUUAGUGAGUCGUAUAUUUGUAGAUUGUUCUGCAUAUUCUUCAUCUGUUUGUUUUCACCGUAUGACUUUGCCUUUAAGGAUCACUGUUUGUCCUGUGACUGUUCUAUAUGAAGCUCCUUGUUUUACUUGGACUUACAGUUGGAUACCUCUGUGCCGUGUUUAUAUUAACAAAUAAUAUAACAGUUUGAUCUUAUUUUCCAGUCCAAUCACAUGUAGGGACAUAUUAACAUUGUAAUCUAAAAAUUUUUUUUUUAAAAAAGGCCCCUUUAAAAUCUUUUACAUGAUAAGGAUGCAAUAACUGUUGGUGUAUUACCCAAUUUAUAGGUAAUGUUCCUUAAUAUUAAUGGAUGUUUGUAAUGAAUAAAGAUAAUCAUUAUGUCUU